UAGGAGGGUUUUGCAUGCAUACAGCAACCAGUCAGCACUUCGGGCUCAAGCAUACGGGCGUGUUGUUGGAUCAUCGGGUGAAGCGAUACCAAAGACUACGGGCGGCAACGGUGGUAGCACCGGCGUGUGAUCGGACACCCCGGCCAGAUAAAAUCACAACCUCUGGAGAGUAAAAAAGUGAAAACGAUCCAUAUUCCAUAAGCAUUCGCGCAGUCUGCUGUGAGCUCUUGCAUCCGGAUGAACAGACAUGGGGGAAUGGACCAUCCUGGAGAGGCUUCUGGAGGCGGCUGUCCAGCAGCACUCCACUAUGAUAGGAAGGAUCCUAUUAACAGUGGUGGUGAUCUUCCGGAUUCUGAUUGUAGCGAUAGUUGGAGAGACAGUCUAUGAUGACGAGCAAACCAUGUUCGUUUGUAAUACCUUGCAACCGGGCUGUAAUCAGGCUUGCUACGAUCAGGCAUUCCCGAUCUCCCAUAUCAGAUACUGGGUGUUUCAGAUUAUAAUGGUGUGCACCCCGAGUCUCUGCUUUAUCACCUACUCGGUGCAUCAGUCUGCAAAACAAAAGGAGCGGAGGUACUCGACCGUGUUCCUGUCGCUGGAUAAGGAUCAAGAUCCGAUAAAGCGAGACGACAGCAAAAAGAUCAAAAACACCAUUGUGAACGGAGUACUUCAAAACACGGAGAACUCGACUAAGGAAGCGGAGCCCGACUGUUUGGAAGUGAAGGAGAUCCCCUGCUCGGCCCUGAGAACUACUAAGUCAAAAAUGAGACGGCAAGAAGGUAUUUCAAGAUUUUACAUUAUCCAAGUGGUUUUCAGAAACGCGCUGGAGAUUGGGUUUUUAGUAGGUCAAUAUUUCCUCUACGGAUUUAAUGUCCCCGCAGUUUACGAGUGUGAUCGAUACCCUUGCAUAAAAGAUGUAGAGUGCUAUGUCUCCAGACCGACGGAGAAGACCGUGUUUCUGGUCUUCAUGUUUGCGGUCAGUGGGAUUUGCGUGGUGCUCAAUUUAGCGGAACUAAACCAUUUGGGAUGGAGGAAGAUCAAAACGGCCGUGAGAGGGGUGCAGGCCAGGAGGAAGUCCAUUUACGAGAUCAGGAAUAAAGAUCUGCCCCGUAUGAGUAUGCCCAAUUUUGGCCGUACUCAAUCCAGUGACUCCGCGUAUGUGUAGUCUUCGGAGUGGACGAUACCAUGCAUAUAAAAAUGAUUAUUAUUAAACCGUGAAAAUUCCGCUUGCCACUGAAAUUUGUGAGUUAGGCGGGGUGGAUGGAUUUUUAUUUGUCUUUUAUAGACAACAACUAUUAAUGUGGAUUGUGUGUAUGUUUAUCUUACUUAUCAGAAAAGCACUAAUGCGACUUUUUAGUAAGGUUUAUAUUUUGUAAAAAACAAAAAAAAAACAAUAAUAAUAAAUAAACAAAUAAAUAAAUAAAUAAAAAGUGCUAGAGGAAAAGAAUAUCCUGGACGUGUUCACAUACCUAUUCGUUUGUACACUAGAUCUACAGUUUCAAAAGUGUGAAAGUAAUUUGCACUAAUGAACACCCGAAGCCAAACGUACCCGGUAUGUGUUGUUGGGUGUUUUUAACGUUUUACACCGAUUUUAGACACCUCACACCAUAGCGAUGAAACACACUAACUGGCUAUGUUUGGAAGAUAGAGAAUACUUCAGAUUUAUAUAUAUAUAUUUAUUUAUAUAUAUUUAUAUAUAUAAUAUAUAUAUAUGAAAUAUGAAUAUAUCGAUCAAAUAUGACUACAAAUUAUAUAUAUAUAUAAUAUACAUUAGCAUUCAAUUGUAUGUUUUUACUUGCCUGUACUCACACCACUGACCUUAACGUAAGUAAUCAUUUCAUUGCUUUAAAGUUGCAUUGCAAAGCAGUAUCGGGUGGGUUUUCAGCAAUCGCUAACGUCUGUGACUUACUUAAUUUAUUACACACCAAAGCAGCAACUGCUUUCAUUUGUGAAAAGUGUUUUAUCGGUUUCGUGUAAUCAAGUGCCAUACAUGUACAUAGAUAUAUAUAUAUAUAUAUACUUAUAAAUAUAUAUGCAUAUUAUAAUCGUCAUCAUGAAAGCUAUAUUACAUGUUUGGAUUAUGAAAAAUGCAGCCGCCCUUCCUUUCCAGUUUGAAUCCUUGUCAUUUAAAAGAAUCGAAUUAAUCUUUAUAUUUUUAUUUAGCAGAUGUUUGAAAAUAACACAGGACUAUACUUUUAUGCAGAAGAAGGAGAUACACAUGUUCUUGACCGUUACGAAGCUAAAUUAAUUAUAGCACAAGUCUAAUUUGUAUUUAUCGAAAAAGGGCAAUAUCUACCUGCUCUGGUGCUACUGUUUCUUUACAUAAUGGUUUAAACUGUCACUGUAAGUCGAACCCAAAAGAAAAUCAAAAUAAAAACAUGGAAUGAACGCGA